UGCGACUUCAAUGACAGGCAAAAUGUGCGACAGCCGUUUGCAAGACAGGGAGGAAGCUUCUCUAGAGCCUCCUCUCCUUUUUUAAAGGCAGGGCUGACUGCUGGCUUGGACCCUGUAGACCCCCAUCCCCCUUUCCCCCUCCCUUGUCGCUGGGACAGUAAAUCCCGGGAGAGGGGAUACAUUUGGGGAGUAGCUUUGGGGAACUGGCUGACUUUGGAGUUUUUGAUGAGAUCUUAGUCUCCUUUCUCUUUCCCCCACCCCCAACUCCCUUGAGCCCAAUUCUCGCCAGCAGCAACCUCCAGGUGCUCAGUUCAGACAGGAGGAGGGCACACGACCGGCUGCAAUGGCGUCCAACAUGGAUAGAGAAAUGAUACUGGCUGACUUUCAGGCAUGUACUGGUAUAGAAAAUAUUGAUGAAGCUAUUACCUUACUUGAACAAAAUAACUGGGAUUUAGUGGCAGCUAUAAAUGGCGUUAUACCACAGGAAAAUGGCAUUUUACAAAGUGAAUACAGUGGAGAGACAUUACAAGGGCCGGCCUAUGGUCCCGCUAGUCAUCCUUCCUCGUCAUCUUCAACACCUUCCUCCUCUUCUGCAUUUCGCCAUGUAGUGCCAUCCAGACAAAUAGUGGAAAGACAGCCGCGAAUGCUUGACUUCAGGGUGGAAUACAGAGACCGAAAUGUGGAUGUGGUACUCGAAGACAGUUCUACAGUUGGAGAGAUCAAACAUAUUUUAGAAAAUGAACUUCAGAUUCCUGCAUCAAAAAUGUUACUCAAGGGCUGGAAGACUGGAGAUGUAGAUGAUAGUACUGUUCUAAAAACUCUACACUUGCCAAAAAACAACAGCCUCUAUGUUCUAACGCCUGAUUUGCCACCAACAUCUUCGUCAAGCCUACCUGGUGCCCUGCAGGAAUCAUUAAAUCAAAACUUCAUGCUGAUUGUCACCCAUCGAGAAGUCCAGCGGGAGUACAACCUCAACUUCUCAGGAAGCAGUACCAUUCAGGAGGUUAAGCGAAACGUAUAUGACCUGACUAGUAUUCCUGUCCGUCAUCAGUUAUGGGAAGGCUGGCCUGCUUCUGCUACAGAUGACUCAAUUACUCUAGCAGCAUCAGGAAUCUCUUAUCCUUGCCACCGACUUACAGUUGGGAGAAGAUCUUCACCAGCACAAACCAGAGAACAGUCAGAAGAGCAAUGCACAGAUGUACAUAUGGUUAGUGACAGUGAUGGAGAUGACUUUGAAGAUGCUACCGAAUUUGGAGUGGAUGAUGGAGAGAUGUUUGGUAUGGCAUCAUCUGCACUGAGGAAAUCUCCAAUGAUGCCAGAAAAUGCUGAAAAUGAAGGAGAUGCCUUAUUACAAUUCACAGCAGAAUUUUCUUCAAGGUAUGGUGACUGCCAUCCGGUAUUUUUUAUUGGAUCGUUAGAGGCUGCUUUUCAAGAAGCAUUCUAUGGGAAAGCCAGAGAUAGAAAGCUUCUUGCUGUCUACCUCCACCAUGAUGAAAGUGUUCUAACCAAUGUGUUCUGUUCUCAAAUGCUUUGUGCCGAAUCUAUUGUUUCUUAUCUUAGUCAGAACUUCAUAACUUGGGCAUGGGAUAUGACAAAAGAAGCAAAUAGAGCAAGGUUCCUAACAAUGUGCACGAGACACUUCGGUAGCGUUGUAGCUCAAACUAUUCGGACUCAAAAAACAGACCAGUUUCCACUUUUCCUGAUUAUAAUGGGGAAAAGAUCAUCAAAUGAGGUGCUGAAUGUAAUACAAGGUAACACAACAGUGGAUGAGCUAAUGAUGAGGCUGAUGGCUGCAAUGGAGAUCUUCAGUGCUCAGCAGCAAGAAGACAUAAAGGAUGAGGAUGAACGUGAAGCCCGAGAAAAUGUGAAGAGAGAACAGGAUGAAGCUUACCGAAUCUCCCUUGAAGCUGAUAGAGCAAAGAGGGAAGCACAAGAAAGAGAAAUUGCAGAGCAGUUUCGUUUGGAGCAGAUUAGGAAAGAACAGGAGGAAGAACGUGAGGCUAUUAGGUUAUCCCUGGAGCAGUCUUUGCCUCCAGAGCCAAAAGAGGAGAGCAGUGAAUCAGUCAGUAAGCUGCGCAUCCGAACACCCAGUGGAGAGUUCUUUGAGCGACGUUUCUUGGCAAGCAGCAAGCUGCAGAUCGUCUUUGAUUUUGUCGCUUCCAAGGGAUAUCCUUGGGAAGAAUUCAAAUUACUAGGAACUUUCCCCAGAAGAGAUGUGACCCAGCUGGAUCCAAAUAAAUCAUUACUGGAGUUAAAAUUGUAUCCUCAAGAAACACUUUUCCUAGAGGCAAAAGAAUAGAUCAAGCCAGACUGGAGGACUAAGUAAUCCUUUGAUAGAAUGAGGCACGGCAAACGCUUUAUCCAAAUCACCGUGUACUAUCAUUUAACUCAAAAAUCAAUGUCACAACUCUGCCUCUUUCAAGAAGCUGGGAAGAAAGAAUAAACAUAGCUCCUUAAAAGUUUCCCAUACAUGAGUAUAUGUUUCCAACCUCAUUUAAAUGAGCAGAGAGAAAUGCUCUAUGACUCUGUUGCUCACUUACCAUCUGGCUUUUGUUAUAAUUAAUGCACUGUUAAAAUGUGAGUGAUUGUCAAAGUAGAAUUUUUACUCCAACUACCCCCUUUUUCACCAAGAAUUCUUGGACAUUUCUGCCUGUACUUUUGACACUAGAAUACUGUAUAUUUGAUAUCUUGCUGAACCAGUGCUCUCAUAUAUGCAUUUUCUUCCUGUGUUUGAAUUUAUACUUCACCACCUAAUUUUUUUAAAAGGCAGAAAAUCAAUAAAUGGGACAUUUUCAGCCUUAGAGAUUUAACAGUAUUGUAGUAGUAGAAAGCAAAGACUUUUUUGUUGGUACUUCUUUCAUAAGAUGUAAGGUUUUGUUUGAAGAAUAUAGUUUGACAUAUAUGCAAGAUAUUUAUUUACUGAUUAUUAUUUUGUUUUGCUUUGGAUCUCAGUUCAGAUUCAAUUUAGGGAGUAUUUUCCAUUACACUGCAGCGUGCAGAACUUCUGAUGAUGUGAAUAUCUAAAUAAUGUUCAGAAAUGGGCAAGUACCAAAUAACUGGUAUCUAGCUGAUAGUUCAGGAACAAACUGAUAUUGAGUACCAGCUUCUAAAAACCUUUCAAAUAGCAGACACCGAAAAUGUGUUGCUCAUCAUUGUGAAAGAAAUUUCAGUUCCUUGCUUUUUUGCUUUCUUUUUCAUUCUGGCACUUGUUUGUAUUUUUUUUUCCCCUGCUGUUUUUAAGCACCUUGUUUAUUUCACCAAACAAUAAAACUGAAAAACUACAGUGUAUUAAGAAAUCCUCCUCAUUGCACAUUUUAAAUAUAGAUCCUUUCUGAGAAAUGUGUAUCUUGCAGGGAUCUGGUUUUGUAGCCUGAAGUGUAUGAAGCAAAAACACAUGCUGCCUAGAACUGCAUCAAAAUCAUUUUGUAAACUCUUUUGGUUUUUUUAAGUACAAAACUCUAGGCUUAGAGUGCAAUAUACAAAAGCACCAUAGAAACAUCAGCUACUAAACAGAAUAUUUGUUUUUCCUGUUUGUAACUUAUGUUCUUUAUUAUGGCAGUUUGUAUCCCAAUUUGAAGAUUCAGUACUAACCAGAAACAAAAUGUAUAUGCAUCUUCAGUCUUGUUUUCCUUUUGGAAGGAAUGGAGAUAUAAAAUUUGUGUAUGACGGUUCUUAGGUAGUUAGUAGCAGAUAUAUUCUUUCUUUUCUUUUCUUUACCAAAAAUGCAGACUGUGGAGGGAGGUACUGUAUCUUCUGAUAAUAAUUCUGAAUACACACAGGACGUGUAUUUAGAAGUUAUGUAUACAUGUGAAAUUGAAUAUUUGUAUGUGUGAUGUAUUUUAAUCAUCUGAAUACACAAAAACAAACCAGAUUGCCAAAGGGAAGGUAAAUGUAAUGGAAAACGCCUGCUGUUUAAGUAAAAAGCGGAACAGGUUGCAAACAGAGGUAACAAAUAUCAUAUGUUUUUCCACAAUCCAGCCCAAGUGAGAGUGCUGAAGUCGUAUGAAUUACACUUGCAAAGAGUGAAAGAUCAUUGAACUCUCUCAUUACUCAAUGGGACUUGAGAGUACUUUGGCUGAGUAACACCCAGAUUUAACAGCCAGGAACUAAGGCUGUGGUCCACAACUCAUUUAUCCAAGUAGUCUCCUUAUAAUACUUGAGAUUACUCUGAAGCAAGUGGGCUUUGGAUUGUGAUAUUAAUUAAUACACAUUUUCAAAUACUCUUAUAGAUUGUUUUCUGUUUAAUUUGUAGGCAUACUCUUAAUGAGUGAGUUUGCUGAAAUAGUGUUACGCAUUGCGCAGGAUCUUUAAAUUUGCCUUUUACAUAAUCUGUUUCAUUUUUUAAGUCAUGCUGUUUUCUGUUGCUCAGCUUUAUCUCUGUAUUAUAAUAAUUUAUGAAAUGUGGCUUAAUCUCUGUGAAAUCUAUUUGAGCCCAUUUUUCCAGUUUAGCCAUCCCAAUCUCAACAUUUUGUUAAGCUAGUUUUCUUUAUCCCACACAAUUUGUUGUCAUUAGUGAAAAGCUGUGAAGAUAAUUUACAGAAUAGGUUCUGGAUCAGCCCAAUACACUACUGCCCUGAGUGUGAUUUUUUGAGCUGGGUGAAUUCACUUAACCAAGUUGCAGGAGUGCCACGGUUCUUGUAAGAGUGGUGGGUUUCCAGAUUUUUAAAGAGCAGUUGACCACCUCCCUCCACAACUAUGUGUGUGUGGAUCCAUUUAUGUUGUGUGGCUAGUGCAUACAUCCAACAUGGAACUGGCUGUUGAGUAGAUGUGCCAAUCAAGUUAUCAUUUUGGCCAUGUGGAAGUACUUCCUGUUCUCUUCAAGUCUGUGAAACAUAUUCUUGGGGAAUUGCAAAAAGGUAACUUUAAAAAUAAAACAUUGCUAAUGAACGUCUGGAUUGUUAACAUUUGACACAAUUUAAAGAAACUAUCUUCUGUGAUCAAAAUUCUUUACAGACAUGGGCCCAUAAUGCCGCUUGUUCCUCAUGUAGCAAUUGCAUUUAGUAGACUAUUUUGUAUGUGCUCCUUUUCUGUCUGUUCCAAACCCACCAUAAUAUUCAAAUUGUUUUCUCUGCUGAUACCAACCUGCCAGCCUUAUAUUUUCAUUAUGCAAGCUGUUACCCCAUCCAGCUGUUACAUUGUUACUACAGAUCAUAUCUUUGAUUCCACUUUUACAUUGUCAGCUCCCUCAUAUUAAUGGAUUAUCAUUAAUGUCUUGAAUGCAUUAGUAUUAAAUCUUAAGGCAUUAUUGUUGUCAGUUGAUGGAAUCUUGUAAUGAAGUGUUCCCUUUUGACUAUUACCCCAUUCAAUAUGAUGGGGAAGGUGGGAAGCUUUUUCAGCAGCAGCCCGGGUAGCUUCUAAUGAACCUCCUCAUUUUGACAUUGCUGUUUAAACUGAUAUUAGAGAUUAUGCAAAACCCAAGUGUCUCCUCUGUAUUCUCUUCACCUACACUCUUUAUAUUGAAUGGGGUGAGGUUUUAUGGGACUGCCUUUAAAAAAAAAGAAAGAAAGAAAUGUAGCGGAAUAGGACUAUGGCUUUCAUAAAUUGUAUCUUUUCAGUGACAUUAGAAACCUUAAAUAAAUUUGCAGUUACACUAAAGUUUCUACUAAAAUCUAAUUUACCUUUUUGUUUUUGAAAAUUCCAUGAAUGUACUUUAACCUCUCUGUAUUCCUAAGAGAAAUAAAGUCUAAAUCCAAAGGUCAAACCCAGAA